UCCAAUUGAAAAAGCUAAGCUUUAAAUCCAAAAAACACUGCAUCAACCCAUCAAAAGCAUCUUCCUUCCUUUCCCUUCCGGCCUUCGCUCUCUCUCUGUGUUUCUUAAGUUUCCACUCUCUCUCUCUCUCUCUCUCUCUAUCCCUCGACCCUUUCUUCUCUCCGUUCCUCUGUACGUAAUGAUGGAGAAGACGUGGCCGGAUCUAGACCUAGACAAGCUGAGAGCGAUCAAGGUUCUGGGAAGAGGAGCCAUGGGUACUGUGUUCUUGGUUCACGACCAAACAACAGACCCAGAUGCUUGUUUCCCCUUCGCCCUCAAAGUUGUAGAGAAAUCGACCCUUAACACUAAAUUCGACGGUGAACGUCGGGCUAAAUGGGAAGUCUCGGUUCUCUCUCGCCUGAAUAACCCUUUUCUUCCAACCCUUCUGGGCACUGUCGAGACCGAUGAGUACAUGGGUUGGGCCGUGCCGUACUGUCCCGGCGGAGAUCUGAACGUGCUCCGUUACCGUCAGACAGAUCAUGUCUUCUCCCCCACCGUCAUCCGCUUCUACGUCGCCGAAAUCGUUUGCGCUAUUGAGUAUCUACACAGUAUGAACAUCGUGUACCGUGAUCUCAAGCCUGAAAACGUUCUCAUUCAACAAUCCGGCCACAUCAUCCUCACCGACUUCGAUCUCUCCCGAACCCUCAAACCCAGAUCGGCCACAUCCGUCAGCUCGUCACCGGAGCCUGCAGUACAGGGAAUAGCAGCGGCGGAGGGUAAAGGGAAGCACCGAAGGAACUUGACACGGAUUUUCAACGUCGUGACGGAGGUAGGCAGGUUGAAGAAGGUGAAAUCGGCGCGUGUCUCACCGGUGAGUCGAAAGAGACCCAGUUUCUCCAACGGAGAACGAUCCAAUUCCUUUGUGGGUACGGAGGAGUACGUGUCACCCGAGGUAGUACGAGGUGACGGACACGAGUUUGCCGUUGAUUGGUGGGCUCUGGGGAUCUUCACGUACGAGAUGAUGUACGGUACGACGCCAUUUCGCGGAAAGGAUCGGAAAGAAACGUUUCGAAACGUUCUAUCGAAACCACCGGAGUUCGUGGGAAAACGGACGGCCCUCACGGAUUUGAUAGAACGAUUGUUAGAGAAAGACCCCACACAAAGGCUCGGGUACAGGUAUGGAGCUGCGGAGAUUAAAAGGCAUCCCUUCUUCAGGGGGUUGAGAUGGGAUUUGCUGACGGACGUGUUACGGCCGCCGUUUAUAGCGUUGAGAGAAGAAGGGGAGACGUUUAUGGAGCAAAGAAGGAUGGAGGAGGUUGGGACAGACAUUAGGGAGUACUACCGGAAUCUUAAGGCUCCGCCGUCAGGUCCUCCAUCUCCGUCCCCGGAAUCGGAAUGCCGGGACCGGGUAGAAUUGUCAUCGACAGAAUUCUGACCCAUACUCACAUACCAGUGUAAGUAGUUUAAUGACUUUUAAUAGCAAAAGAAAAGAGAAUAAAAAUAAGAAUUUGUUA